GAUUGGUCAAUCAAACGCUUCGAAGCAUUUCUAGCGUCUCCCCGACCGCAGCCAUAAUCAAACAUUUACCUUUAUAUAUAUGUAUGUGAUCACGCCGGGAAAGAUUAAUAAUUAAUCGACAAUAUGGACAACGUGUCUACGGAAGAGAAUAAGAAUAUCAUUGCGAAUACAUCACCCGAAUUACCAUCGAAUAUGAGUAAGCGUCAAUUGAAGAAAAUGCAGAAGAGGAAAAAAUGGCUAGAGCGGAAGAAUGAAAAGAGAUUGCGAGAGAGGGCUAAAGCGAGGGAGAAACGCGCGUACGCGCGCGCGAAUAAUUUGAGUCUAGGCCCGUCGCGGAAGCUUUUAAAGAAGAGCACCAUGGCGAUUAGCCCCUGCAAGCUGAUGGUAACCAUUGAUUUGUCAUUCGAUGAGUUAAUGAUCGAGAAGGAUAUUGCUAAGCUAACGAAGCAGAUACUCAGGUGCUAUACCUUAAAUAGAAGAGCGAUGGCACCGAUGCAAUUCUCUCUCACGAGUUUCACUGGCAGAUCGCGAGCCGACAUGGAGAAGCACAAUGGAUACGAACACUGGGAU